AUGAAUAAUAAUUGUAAGAUUCAAAAAUUAAAAUUAGAAAAUGACAUUAUAUACUCCUCCAAUUUAAUAAUAAAUGAAGAUGACAUUGCCGAUUUUGUUUCAACGUUAAAUAUUCAAAAAAAUAUAAAUGAUACAAAUUAUUUAAUACAUAAUUUAAAUACAGUCAAAGAAAUACAAUUAAGUAGCCUCAAAAUUAAUGAUUGGGGUUUAUCUAUUCUUAUACCUUGUAUAUUAAGAAGCAGAAGACUUACAACAUUAAAUCUCUCAAAUAAUAGUUUGACAAAUGAUAGUGCCAACAUUUUGUCCAAGUGUCUAAAAUAUUUGCCACAUCUAAGGUGUCUCAAUUUAUCUAAUAAUUUAAUAAAAGAAGAAGGAGCAAUUAAUAUUAUUCAAGAAUUUUUUCAAGAUUAUAUAAAAGAAAAUUCAAACCCUAGUAACAUUAAUGAAGUAUUUAAUGUAGAAAAAAAAAAAAAUAUUUCUACAAAUAAUAAUAAAACUAAUCUAAACAAUUGUCAUGAUGUAAUACAACUUAAUAAUAUAAACAAUUUUAUAUUUGAAAAUGAAAAUUGUAAUAAUAUUCUAGACUACAAACAAGAUAAAUAUAUUAUUCCCAAUGAGGUUAAUGAUUCUCAUCAUAUAUGUAAUGAUGACAAAAAUUUUGAAAUCUUUGAAGAUAAAACAGAAAAUGAGGAUCUACAAGAAAUAGACAUGUCAGAUAAUUUUUUAGGUAACAAUUUUAUAAUUAAAUUAAGUGAUAUAUUACAUAAAAAAAAAGACAAAAGGAAAUAUAAAAUUGUUAUAAAAAAUAUAGCCAUUAAUAAUACAUCUAUUUCUUGUUUUCUAUCUAAAUGUAGAGAUAUAGAAAUAUUAAAUAUAUCAGAAAAUAAUAUUAUAUCUGAUAACCUUCCAAAGGAUAUUGAAAUAUUUUUUGAUAUGCAGCCAAAUUUAAAACAAUUAUAUUUAGCAAGUAUAUGUGGAGAUAAUCCCACUAGUGAUAAUAAUAUUGAUAGGAAUAAUAUAAACAAUAACAAUCACAAUGAUUUAUAUAAUAAAAAUCACAAAGAUUUAUAUAAUAACAAUCACAAUGAUUCAUAUAAUAACAAUCACAAUGAUUCAUAUAAUAAAUAUUAUAAUGACUCACAUAAUAAACAUUAUAAUGACUCACAUAAUAAAUAUUAUAAUGAUUCAUAUAAUGAUUGUGAUACAAUUUACAAUAGUAUGACUAGCCAAAAUAAAAUAUUCACAUGCUUAAUUAAUAAUUUAUAUAAGGCAAAAAAUUUACGCAUACUUUGCCUUUCAAAUAAUAAUAUUAAUGAUGAAAACUUCAAAACAUUUUGUUUACAUAUCCAACAUAAUAAAGACAAUAAAAUUGAAGAAAUCGAUUUUUCAUAUAAUAAUAUCACAGAUCUUAACCCUUUAAAUGAAUGUUUAAGAAAUAACGACACAUUAAAAAUUAUCAAUUUAUCUAAUAAUCAUAUAACAGAUGAAAAAAUAAAAAGAUUUUGUUAUGAAAGUCUUGCAACCAAUUUCAAUAUUUCUGAGCUCUCUUUAUCUUAUAAUAAAUUAUCUAAUAAUUCUUGUAUUUACAUAUCAGAUGCCUUGAUAAAUCAAGCCACUCUUAUUAAAAAUUCUCUGAAAGAAACGAAUGAAUACAUAAAACAAAAUUCUAGUUCAACACAGGAAGAUUUGGAUAUGUAUAUAAAAAAAAUAAAUUAUAAAAAAAAUGAUGAUAAAAAAUUUUGUGAUGAUAAAAAAAAUGAUGAUAAAAAAUUUUGUGAUGAUAAAAAAAAUGAUGAUGAUAAAAAAUUUUAUGAUGAUAAAAAAUUUUAUGAUGAUAACAUAAAUUUUAAUACAUAUAAAAACCCAAGCAACAUAAAUAAUAUUUAUAACACAUCGAAUGACCAAUCUUGUAUUUCAAUCCAUAAUGAUAAUAAACAAACACAUAGAAUAGAUAAGAAUCAGUUGAAUACAUAUAAUAAUAAAGAUGAUAUUAAUAAUAUAAAUAUAUUAAAAGAUAUAAUAAUUAAUAGACAUAAUGAAGAAAAUAAUUUUUUUUCAUGUAUAGGUUUAUCAAAUUUUUAUAGAGCAACCGAUUUAUCAAAAAAUUUAUAUCUACAAGAAAAUCGUAGAAAUUGUAUAUAUAAAAAAAAUGAUCAUUUUAAUAAAUUAUAUAAUUCGAAUAAUAUAUUUUCAGCUAACUGUUUAAAAGGUCUCAAAUUUCUUAAUCUUUCAGGUUGUAAUAUAAAUAAUGAAGGUAUUUCAUAUCUUUUAAAAUCUUUAAAAACAUCAUUAUGUACCUUAGAAUAUUUAGAUAUAUCAUGUUGUCAAGAUUUAAGUGAUAAUACAUAUCAAGCAUUUACUAAUUUAAUAUCUUAUAAAAAAUAUAAAUUUCUAAAAAAUAAAAAUUUUAUAUUUAAAAAUUUACCUCUCACUGUUAGAGGAAUUCCACCUAUGUUGAUCCCUCUUUAUGAUUCUGAAGAUAACACAGACAAGAGCAGCACAGAAUCGGAUUGGUGGAAUUAUAAAAAGGAAGAUUAA